CUUCUUGAUUUUUUAGCCUCUUAUAAAUAUACACAGUGCCGUAGUGUUUUUGGAUCACCACUCGUCUCUCUCUCUCUCUCUCUCCCUCCCUCUCUCCCUCACUUUUUGAUCCCCUUCUUCCCUAAGAAUCCGCUAGCCCAGAUUCAGGGUCUUCCCUAAUUUGGGUUCUUGUUUUUAUCUGGCCUAACAGUUGAUUAGAGUGAAGGGUUUUGAUGGCCACAAGGAAUUUGGAGAAGUUAGCAUCGAUUGAUGCUCAGUUGAGGCUUUUGGUUCCUGGAAAAGUGUCCGAAGACGACAAGCUUGUUGAAUAUGAUGCCUUGCUUUUGGAUCGGUUUCUUGAUAUUCUUCAGGACUUGCAUGGCGAGGAUCUCAAGGAGACGGUGCAAGAGUGUUAUGAGCUUUCGGCCGAGUAUGAAGGCAAGCAUGAUCCCAAAAAGUUAGAAGAGCUUGGUAAUGUUUUGACGAGUUUGGAUCCCGGCGACUCAAUUGUCUUAGCUAAAGCAUUCUCCCACAUGCUUAGCUUGGCCAACUUGGCCGAGGAGGUUCAGAUUGCUCAUCGCCGGCGGAACAAGAAGAAAAAAGGAGACUAUACCGACGAGAACUCGGCUACAACUGAGUCGGAUAUCGAAGAGACUCUCAAGAGACUUGUGGUUGAUUUGAAGAAGUCUCCUCAAGAAGUUUUUGAUGCAUUGAAGAAUCAGACUGUGGAUUUGGUCUUUACUGCUCAUCCCACACAGUCUGUACGAAGAUCGUUGCUCCAGAAGCAUGGCAGGAUUCGAAAUUGCUUAACUAAAUUAUAUGCAAAAGACAUUACUCCUGAUGAUAAACAGGAGCUGGAUGAGGCUCUACAAAGAGAGAUUCAAGCUGCUUUCCGAACUGAUGAGAUCCGAAGGACUCCCCCAACCCCCCAAGAUGAAAUGAGGGCUGGAAUGAGCUAUUUCCAUGAAACGAUCUGGAAAGGCGUGCCGAAGUUUCUCCGGCGUGUUGAUACGGCACUUAAGAAUAUAGGGAUUGAUGAAAGGGUCCCAUACAAUGCCCCUCUAAUUCAAUUCUCCUCUUGGAUGGGUGGAGACCGUGACGGCAAUCCAAGGGUUACCCCUGAGGUCACGAGGGAUGUUUGCUUAUUGGCCAGAAUGAUGGCUGCUAACUUGUACUAUUCGCAAAUAGAGGAUCUCAUGUUCGAGUUGUCCAUGUGGCGUUGCAGCGAUGAGCUUCGUGUUCGAGCAGAUGAACUCCACCGAUCAUCAAAGAGAGAUGCAAAGCAUUACAUAGAAUUCUGGAAGACAAUUCCCCCAAACGAACCCUAUCGUGUCAUUCUUGGUGACGUGAGGGAUAAGCUCUAUCAGACACGUGAGCGUUCUCGUCAUAUGUUAGCCCAUGGAAUUUGUGACAUCCCAGAAGAGGCAACUUACACCAAUAUUGAGCAGUUCUUGGAACCUCUUGAGCUCUGUUACAGAUCUCUAUGUGCUUGUGGUGACCGACCUAUAGCUGAUGGAAGCCUUCUAGAUUUUCUAAGGCAAGUUUCCACCUUUGGGCUCUCACUCGUGAAACUUGACAUAAGGCAAGAGUCAGAUCGACACACUGAUGUCCUAGACGCCAUCACCAAACAUUUGGAUAUCGGUUCAUAUAGAGACUGGUCAGAAGAACGCCGGCAGGAAUGGCUCCUCUCUGAACUGGCCAGCAAAAGACCCCUUUUUGGAGCUGAUCUUCCGAAAACCGAAGAGAUUGCAGAUGUUUUGGACACAUUCCACGUCUUGGCGGAACUCCCAUCGGACUGCUUUGGCGCAUACAUCAUUUCGAUGGCCACGGCACCAUCUGACGUGCUAGCAGUGGAGCUUCUACAACGUGAGUGCAAAGUGAGGCAGCCGUUAAGAGUUGUUCCGCUUUUUGAAAAGUUGGCUGACCUGGAGGCAGCUCCUGCUGCUGUUGCACGCCUUUUCUCGAUCGACUGGUACAAGAACCGAAUCCAGGGCAAGCAAGAAGUCAUGAUCGGGUACUCGGACUCCGGUAAAGAUGCCGGUCGGCUGUCAGCUGCAUGGCAAUUGUACAAGGCUCAAGAGGAGCUUAUUAAAGUUGCAAAGGAAUAUGGUGUGAAAUUAACUAUGUUCCAUGGUCGAGGUGGAACUGUGGGACGAGGAGGCGGCCCUACUCACCUUGCUAUAUUGUCUCAACCACCAGACACCAUACAUGGAUCUCUUCGUGUUACGGUUCAGGGAGAAGUCAUCGAGCAGUCAUUUGGGGAGGAGCAAUUGUGCUUCAGAACGCUCCAGCGUUUUACAGCUGCCACACUAGAACAUGGAAUGCGUCCCCCCAUCUCCCCCAAGCCUCAGUGGCGGGCCCUUCUGGAUGAAAUUGCGGUCAUUGCGACCGAGGAGUAUCGGUCAAUUGUCUUCAAAGAACCUCGGUUUGUCGAGUAUUUCCGCCUUGCCACACCGGAAUUAGAGUACGGUCGGAUGAACAUUGGUAGUCGUCCAUCAAAGAGGAAACCGAGUGGAGGCAUUGAAUCGCUAAGAGCUAUCCCAUGGAUUUUUGCAUGGACACAGACCAGAUUUCAUCUCCCUGUUUGGCUCGGCUUUGGGGGUGCAUUCAAAUACGCCUUAGAGAAGGACAUCAGAAACCUCAAAAUGCUACAGGAAAUGUACAAUGAAUGGCCGUUCUUUAGAGUCACAAUCGACUUAGUUGAGAUGGUGUUUGCCAAAGGAGACCCCGGUAUUGCUGCGUUGUACGACAAACUCCUAGUUUCAGAAGACUUGUGGUCGUUCGGCGAGCGCUUGAGAUCCAACUAUGAGGAAACAAAAACCCUUCUGCUGCAGAUUGCCGACCACAAGGAUCUCCUUGAAGGAGACCUGCACUUGAAGCAACGACUUCGUCUGCGUGACUCCUACAUUACAACGUUGAACGUCUGCCAGGCGUAUACUCUCAAGCGAAUUCGUGAUCCGACCUACCAUGUCAAGUUGAGGCCCCAUAUUUCCAAGGACUACAUGGAAUCAAAAGCUGCUGCUGAGCUCGUGAAAUUGAAUCCAACAAGCGAGUACGCCCCGGGGUUGGAGGACACCCUCAUCUUGACCAUGAAGGGUAUUGCUGCUGGAUUGCAGAACACUGGUUGAUUGUAUUAUCUCAUUUUGUAACUUUGUAUGACUGAGAGAGUGAAUAGGUGGUGAUCAAGUUUGUCGUAGCCCAUGUUUGGGGAAAUCUGUCUCACCCCUCUUGUGGAAUCAUACAUACUACUUCAUAGAUGUGUGCGGUUGAAUAAGCUUUUGGUCUAAUGUUAUUGAGACUCCAAAAAUCCUUUUACUUGAUGAAAUCAGCAACUUUUCUCUUCA